CAGAAAUUAGAUUAGGCAUGCCCGAUGUAUGGUUAGCGCCUGAUCGGGAAGCAGUAAGGUAUGCCCUAAUAAGAAAUUCCCGACAUGGGCCUGAUCCGGUGCGCAACGGGGACGCUCUUUUCAAACAUUUUUCAGGUUAUUGUUAUACGGGCCUGAUUUUCUUGUCCCCAUCAUUUCCCUCAUAGGGUUUGAUAAAUGUUAGCCUGAAUAUAUGUUCCUAACCUAACCUGCAAUUUCGUAAAAUACUGCAUCUAACCUAACCUGCAAUUUCGUAAUAAUACUGCAUCUGUUAUCGAAGUGGUGGCAAAAUAUAUUAAACCUCUAGUAAAUAAAGUGAAUAUUAAUUAAUGUUUAUUAUGAAUAGAAAUUGGGAUAAAAAGCGUUUUUUGACACGAAUCCGCGUGAGAAGAUUUCGAUCAGUUCGUAAAUCAACAAUUUAUUCAAGAACUGAAUCGCACGAUAAUAACCAUCCAAAUUCAGAUGUUUAUGGAGUGGCGUCAACAUCCAACGACCAUAAUUUAAUUGUGCCUAAUCAAGAUUCAUCAAGUAGUGAACUCGAUAUUAAUGAACAAAAUGUGAAUAUUAUACAAAAUCACAUGAGCUCUCAUAGUAUCGAAGAUCACGUAAAUAAUACAGAAUAUGAAAAUAGUGAUGUGGAAAAUGAAAAUGUUUUUGAAGACAAUCAAAGCAUUAAUGAGGAUAUUGAAAACGAAAGAGAAGAAAAUGAAACCAGAGAAGUAGUAAUGAGAGAUGUUACUGAUAGCGAAGACAACAAUAACGACAAUAGUGAGGAAACAAAUGAUGAAAGCGAUGAAGCAUGGGAUGAUGUAGCACAGAUUCGACAAUGGGCAAUUCAGUCUCGUAUUCAACAUUGUCAUUUAGAUACACUACUUAGAAUUUUAAGAAGACAAUUAAUUCCAAAUUUGCCAACAACAUCUAAAACAUUUUUGAAAACAACAUCGGCUAAUUAUCAAAUUAAAGAUUUCAGAUCAAACCAUGGUGCGAUUAUAGGUGAAUUCGUAUAUUUUGGAAUAACGGCAGGUCUUCAAAGAUGUGUGAAUAAAGAAGUACAUCUAACAGAUACACUCGAUCUGCAAAUAAAUUGUGAUGGUCUUCCUUUAUAUAAGUCUAGCGCGAAACAAUUUUGGCCAAUUUUAUGUAAAGUUUACAACACUCCGGACAUAUACAAACCUUUUACUGUGGCUAUAUUUUCCGGUAAUGAAAAACCCAAUAAUGUAAGCAGUUAUUUAAAUGACUUCAUAAAGGAAGUGAACGAUUUGACACGUGAAGGUGUUAUAAUCGAAGAACGAAUCUUUAAGGUGCGUAUUAUGUGCUUUAUUUGCGAUAGACCUGCACGUUCAUUUCUUAAAUGCAUAAAAGGUCAUGGAGGAUAUAACGCAUGUGAACGAUGCUUAGUUCCUGGACAACGUUGUCAAAAUCGAACUGUUUAUCCCUCUGUAACUUGUGAUAAACGAACCGAUGAAUCAUUUAGAGCACAAGAAGACUCUGAGCAUCACAUCAGCAUCUCUCCACUUCUUCGUUUAGAACCUCCGAUCGAUAUGAUAAAACAAUUUGUUCUUGAUUUCAUGCACCAAGGUUGCUUAGGUGUCAUGAAAAAAAUGAUGCUUGAUUUUUGGUUGGAAGGAAAUCUAGCUACAAAACUGAGUCAAAGUAAAAAACGUCAGUUGUCACAAAGUUUAGUUAGAUUACAAUCACAAAUACCAGUAGACUUUCAACGAACAACAAGAUCAAUAUCAGAUAUUGCCAAGUGGAAAGCAACAGAGUACAGAUUGUAUUUGCUUUAUGUUGGUCCUGUUGUUUUGCAGCCAAUACUGGAAAAGAGAUAUUAUAAUCAUUUUCUCCUUCUUCAUGCUGCAUGUAGGAUCCUGAGCUCAGAUAACUUAUGUUUAAAAUAUAAUUCUCAAGCAAAAGUUUAUUUGAGCCAUUUUGUUAUGCUUACACAACAAUAUUAUAAUACUCAAAGUAUAGUUUUAAAUAUCCAUAGUCUUACUCACCUAGCUGAUGAUGUCAAAAACAUGAAGUGUUCCUUAAGUAAUUAUACAGCCUUUCCAUUUGAGAGUCUAUUAGGAAAAAUAAAAAAAGUACUUCGAAGUGGAAAUCGACCACUCGCACAAUUCUGCCGACGACAGCAUGAAUCGCUUUAUGCAGAGUCAAACAAAGUGACGUUACCACGGACCGUCAUAAUAUUGAAAACAGGCCUUUCUGAACCAUGUGGACGAACUCCUGUCAAAAAGAUUAAAUAUAAAGAAACUAUAUUGACAUGUACAGAACCAAAUAAUGUAAUAUCUCUCACAAAUAAAAUAAUAAUAAAAAUUGAGACAAUGUACAUACCGCAAAAUGGAAAAGAAGAGGAUAUUGUAUUAACUGGGAACAAAUUAAGAAUUGUAAAACCAAUGUUCACGUAUCCUUGCAAUUCAGGUAAACUUGAUAUGUGGCAGGUAGUUGAAACUGAAAUCAAAAGUACAUGUUUACUCCAAGAUGUUACUUGUAAAAUGGUCUGCUUAAAAGCUAUAAUUUACGAAAAUGAUGAUGAAGAGAAUGACGACGAAGAGGAGACAAAGAUUUUCGUUAUGCCACUUCUUCAUAUGUGACAUA